GGUGGGACAACCAACAAGGUGUAUCAAUUAAAGUUUACAGACCCUCUGUUUAUACAUCCAGAAGCGUCUGGAGCCAUGCCACCGAGAAAGAGCAGAGACAAAGAGGUUCAGCCAGUCCAGGCUGACCAUGCAGACGAUAGUCCACUUCACUCUGAGGGUGAAAAUGAUCCCAUCACUUUUCUCCCAGUGUCACCUUUGGCAGAAUGGUCUUAUGGGAAUCCAGUAUUUAAGGAGAAAGAAGCAAACCGUGGGGGUGACUUUGCUGAAUCAAGUAAUGUGUUUAGAGGUAUGACUGAACGUCUGGAUUUAGCAUUCAAAGAACAGAACCAGGCUAUGCGGAGACUUGUUGACAGUCAAACAGAAUCUUCCAGACGUCAGGAAGAGUUAGUUAGACAAUGUGUAGAAGAGAUGAGACGGGUCUUUGAGGAAGGCACUAGGGUGAUGCGAGAAAUUGGGGAAGAAAGUCGCAGAACAUUGCAGGCUGUUUCAGGACAAAUGGUUGAGCAAGUGCGACAGCCCAGACCUGAGAUUCCUCCUCCAGUCCAGAAUUUCUUCAUGGGUGAAGGACAAAGACAGCAUGAACCAAUGGAGGCUGCUGCUCCUGUUGCAGACCAUGGCCAUCAACCUCAGCAUAGGAAGCCUUAUCCAGACAUCAUUGAUCAUGAAAAUCCUUUUCCAAGGGGUUUUAAAGUGCCUGAGUUUACUUUAUUUUCUGGUGAGGUUGCCCUUACUUGGUACCUCAGUCUGCCUCAAAAUUCAGUCUACUCUUGGAGGCAAAUGGAGGACUUGUUUCAUACUCAAUUCUAUCGUUGUGAACCAGAAGUGUCUAUGGCAGACUUGUCGAGGUUAGCCCAAAAGCCUGGAGAGUCGUCUGAGGCAUUCCUUGCUAGGUUCCGGAGAGCCAGACUGAAAUGUAGAGUUGCACUACCAGAACAAGAAUUUGUCAAGCUGGCUCAGAAUGGUCUGGACAUUGAGCUCCGAAAGAAAUUUGAAGGGAUGGAAUUCCGAGACUUCUAUGAAUUGUCUUAUAAAGUGGCUCGAUAUGAAAAUCUGCUGAAAGAAGAUGUUCAAAAGAAGGCUGCAUCACAUGGAACCUAUUAUAGUGAUCCUAAUUUUGAUCUUGAUGUGGCUGAGGUGGUUACAGACAAGCCUGUUGUUUGUCCAAACCUUGUCAGACCAACUCACCAGCCUGAGACGUCUGUGAGACGUUAUGUUGGUGAGGCUGGAAAACAGUAUACUUUUGAUUUGUCAAAAGCUAGUGAUAUAUUUGACCACCUUAAAAAGAGUGGUCUGAUUAAGCUGCCGCCGCCGGGACAUAAAAUCCCGACAACGGUUGAAAUCAGAGCUAGAGAUUAUUGCAAAUUUCAUAAUUCAUGGAAGCAUUCUACUAAUAAUUGUCUUAUUUUUCGUAAUAUCUUGCAAGAAAAGAUUGAUAAGGGUAUCUUAAAAUUUCCAGACAAAGCGAAGGAAACCAUGGGAGUGGAUGCAGAUCCUUUUCCAGCUAUGUCUGUGGGCGUGAAUGUUGCAGACCUCAGGAGUGCUGCCAGAAAUCGCAGUCUGCCUUAUGCUCAAAGGAACCUUGCUGCCGAAGACUUGAGGAUCACUGUGACCAGGAAUUUCAGUCCAGAAGGUGCCAGACAUUAUUCAACUGGUACUAGAUCUCCAAGGAUGGUCAAACCGCCACUCAGGUCACCUUCCAGAUGGUGGGAGAAAGUCAAUCAUCCCAAGUUUUCAGCCCAGAAUCCCAGAACCUUGAGGCGCAGACUACAACGCAAGAGGGCUGAAGAACGAAAAAGGCAACAGAAGCAGGUGGAGGCUGAGGGAAGUUCAUCUCGCAGACCACGCCAACCUACAAAAAGGAACAUGGUGUGGUCUGGGAAUCGUGGAUCUGAAUCAAAAGAAGAUGACACUAUUCAUUUUGGGGAAUUCUCAGUGAAUUUGUCAUGUUUGGUGCUGACAUUACCCUUGGUUUUCCAAGCCAAGAAGGAGGAGGAACCAAUCGUCUGUGAGUUCCCAGAACAGACAGAAGAAGAGGUAAUCGUUGUUCCAGCUCAGGAUGAUGAAGAGGAGGACAUGGCUGACAAAAUUGUGUUUGAAAAACCAGAAGAAAAGAUGGCCAAACACAUUAGGCCACUUUAUAUCAAUGCUCACAUGGAUGGGACUCCAAUCAGCCGUGUCUUGAUGGAUAAUGGAGCUGCAGUCAAUGUCUUUCCAACUUGCAUGCUCUACAAAAUAGGCAAGUCUCUUGAUGAUUUAGUGCAUACUGAGGUUACAAUUAGUGAUUUUACAGGAGGGGUGAAUCAUUCAAGGGGUGUGCUGCCUGUUGAAUUAACAGUGGGAAAUAGGACACUGAUGUCUGCGUUUUUUGUGGUGGAUACUGUUGCUACUUAUAACGCACUUUUGGGGCGUGACUGGAUUCAUUCAAGUCUGGAUCGGAAAUUGGUGGAACAUAAACUGCUAAUUGCAGAAGGAUUCAGACCGUAUAAACAGCUGCCCAGAUGCAUGUCUGCAGAGGUCACUUUGAAGGUGAAAGAAGAAAUUGAGCGACUGGUAAAAGCUGGAUUCAUUCAGACAUGUAGGUAUGCAGACUGGUUAUCAAAUGUAGUACCUGUGUUGAAAAAGAAUGGAAAAUUAAGAGUCUGUGUUGAUUUCCGAAACUUGAAUUUAGCUACACCAAAGGAUGAGUAUCCUAUGCCAAUUGCAGACUUGUUGAUUGAUGGAGUAGCUCGUCACAAAAUUCUAUCUUUCAUGGAUGGUCAUAGUGGGUACAACCAAAUUUUUAUUGCAGACGCAGACGUUCCUAAGACAGCCUUUCGAUGCCCAGGUGCUGUUGGAACUUUUGAAUGGGUUGUGAUGCCAUUUGGUUUGAAGAAUGCUGGAGCCACCUAUCAAAGAGUCAUGAAUGUAAUUUUUCAUGAUAUGAUUGGUAAAUUCAUGGAAAUUUAUAUUGAUGAUGUUGUGGUGAAAUCAAAUGGGGAAGCAGACCACCUGGUUCAUUUGAGGAAGUCUUUUGAGCGGAUGAGGCAACAUGGCUUGAAAAUGAACCCACUUAAGUGUGCCUUUGGAGUGUCUGCGGGUAAUUUCCUUGGGUACUUGGUGCAUGAGCGUGGUCUGGAGGUUGACAAGAACAAAGCCAGGGCUGUGAUUGAGGCGAAACCACCACAAAACAAGAAGGAGUUGCAAAGAUUUCUUGGCCAAGUUAAUUUCUUAAGACGUUUCAUUUCUAACUUGGCUGGGAAAAUCAGAGUCUUUUCUCCUCUGUUGAAACUCAAGUCUGAGGCAGAUUUUAAGUGGGAAGAACACUACCAAUCUGCCUUUGAUAUGAUAAAGCGUACAGAAACCAUGUCUGAAGCUGGAGUCGUGGUAAUUUCCCCGUCUGGGCUGAAAACACAGAUGUCUUUCCAGCUGGAUUUUAAUUGCACAAAUAAUCAAGCAGAAUAUGAAGCUUUGAUUAUUGGUCUUGAGAUGUUGGUGGAGCUUAAAGUAUCCAUAGUUGAGGUUAUAGGGGACUCACAGCUAGUUUUGAAGCAAUUGUCUGAAUUUGAUGACGUGUCCAUCAAAUAUGUGCCCAGAGACCAGAACUAUGAAGCUAAUGAAAUGGCCCAGAUUGCUUCAGGUCUGCGAAUUCCUGAAGGUGUAAUGCAGAAAGUUGUAAUAGUUGAAAAACGCAAUCUGCCAUCAAUUCAUCAACGUGGCAUGACUGUCUCCACUUGCAGCAUUGAUGUUACCCAGACGGACUGGCACUUUCCAAUUAUUCAGUACCUUAAAGAUCAAAGCAUUAAGGUAUCUAGGAAAACUAAAAUGCAAGCUCUCAAUUAUGUCUUGAUUGAGGAUGUACUUUAUAGGAGAGGCAAUGAUGAACUACUGCUGCGUUGUCUGGGUCCAGAUGAAAGUUUCCAGAUGCUGUCUGAUGUCCAUGAUGGGAUUUGUGGUGCACACCAGGUUGGAAUCAAGAUGCGUUGGUUAAUUCGCAGACAUGGCUUCUUCUGGCCGUCUGUCCUAAAAGACUGUAUUGCUUAUGCUAAGGGCUGCAAAUCUUGUCAGAUCCAUGGGCCACUUCAAAGAGUUCCAGCCUCUGAACUUAAUUCUAUUGUGAAACCAUGGUCAUUUCGAGGCUGGGCUAUUGACUUAAUUGGUAAGGUGUAUCCUCCUUCAUCAAAAGGUCAUUCAUUUAUUAUAGUGGCAACAGAUUAUUUUACCAAAUGGGUGAAGGCUAAACCAAUGAAGAAGGUAGACCAAUCUGAUGUAAUCAAGUUCAUCAAAGAGAACAUUAUUCACAGAUUUGGUCUGCCAGAAACGAUUACAACAGACCAAGGCACAGUUUUUGUCAGCCAUCAGGUGGAGGCAUUUGCAAAGAAAAUGGGUUCCCGUUUGUUAAAUUCUACUCCUCAUUAUGCACAAGCUAAUGGGCAGGCGGAAGCUUCUAACAAGGUGGUGAUUAAUUUGCUUGAAAAAAUGGUGGAUGACAAUCUCAGACGCUGGCAUGAAUUAUUGUCUGAAACACUGUGGGCUUAUAGAACUUCACAAAGGAGUUCAACCAAAAUGACACAUUUUGCCUUGACAUAUGGCCAUGACACAGUCUUGCCAAUGGAGCUAACAGCCAGAUUGCAAGCUCAAAAACUCAAAAUUGCAAAGUCUUACAACAAGAGGGUAAAAGGUAAAAAUCUGGCAGCUAGUGACUUUGUCUGGAAAGCAAUUUUACCUCUUGGCAAGAAAGAUCACAGAUUUGGGAAAUGGUCUCCAAAUUGGGAAGGACCAUUCCGAAUUCAUGAAGUGUUGAGAGGGGGUGCUUAUUGGUUAGAGUCACUUGAUGGAGAGCUUCAUCUUAGAAAAAUCAAUGGAAUUUAUCUCAAGUCUUAUUAUCCUACAGUCUGGGAGGCAAAAGGCUUAGAGUCCCAAGAAGCUGUCUGAGCCAGGUUCAUACUUCUGUCUGUGCAUAAAUAAGUUGAUUUGCUUUCAUGUGUUUAUUUCAAAAUGAGAGCAAGUUUGAUUGAGUGGCCAUGACUGGCUGUGGAUGGCUGGAUGCGCUCAGACAGAGUUAGUUGUGAAAAAGUUGGGAAUGUCUGCUACAAUCAUCUUGGAAUUUAGCAGAUUUUGCACGUGACCUUUGGAGUCUGAAAGGUAAUUUAAACACUUGGAUUUAUUCUCAUAAAACCAAGUGUUGGGAGGCAUUGUUUACACUUAAAAUAAACCAAUAGGGUAAGG